AUGGAGUCUUUAGAGGAGUUGUCUGAUGGACCGGAAGAAAAGUUCACAGAAGUCCAAACUUCCAACCUCAAGGAGAUUCAGACCACCAAGACCCAAGACUCCUUUGCUCACACCAAAAAAACGGAGAACACCUUGAUCCAGGUUGCCUUCUCUGUUGGGCUAAGCAACAUGUGGCGUUUCCCAUACAUGUGUCAUAGGAAUGGAGGAGGCAGCUUUAUCUUGAUGUACUUCUUCAUGCUUCUCCUGGUCGGCACUCCCCUCUUGUACAUAGAGAUGGUCAUAGGGCAACGGCUGCGUGUGGACAACAUCCGGGUCUGGAAGCAGCUCCUCCCGUGGCUGGGUGGCAUGGGCUACACUAGCAUGCUGGUGUGCUUCUUAGUGAACCUGUAUAACGGCAUCAUCAUCUCCUGGAGCUUCUCCUACUUGAGCCACUCCUUCCAUCACCCCCUGCCCUGGAACCAGUGCCCACUGGUAAAGAGUGCCAAUGGAACUGACCUCGCCUGCAUUCAGACCGUGCCCCACCAGUACUUCUGGUACCACACUGCUCUGCAUGCACCAGGCAGCAUUGAGGAAGGGGUGGAGUCCCUUGUUCUGAACCUCACCGUGGGCAUCUUCACAGCCUGGUUCCUCCUCUUCUUAAUCAUGAUCACAGAACUAAAGAUCUCAGUGCCGAUGCUGAUUUCCUUGGUAUUCCUCCCCUACGUCAUCCUCCUCUGCUUCCUCAUCCGAAGUCUCUUCCUGGAAGGAACUGUCAUCACCUUCUCCUCCUACAAGACUCAAGGCAACGUCCAUAACUUUACCCAGGUGGUCUCCAUGGUAGCCCUGAUCAACCUACUGACCUCAUUGUUGCCUACAACCAUCAUCUUUCUAGUGCUGGGGUUCUGGGCCACAACCAGUGGUCCCACCUGUAUUAAGAAGAGCAUCAUAAAACUCAUGGAUCUGAUAGCCAAAGGGUUGCUGCCUCCGCAAACUAUGCCCCCAGAGAAAGUCUUGCUUAUGAAAGACGUGGACUACACAGAAUGGCUCGGCAGCCUCCCCCAGCACCUCCAGCAUCACGUCAUCCACCUCACCCCUUCCUGCAGCAUCAAGAUACAGAAGGAAAAGAUCAUGGAAGGCCCUGGCCUGGUGUUUGUGGCCUUCUCCCAAGUCAUCUCGUCGUUCCCUGGGGCCCCCUUCUUCGCCAUCAUCUUCUUCCUGGCCGUGUUCAUCACAGGGCUGAGUACCUUGAUGAAAGUCUUGGAAGGCAUCUCCCUUCCCCUCCAGAAUGCCAUUCCCAUCUUCAGAAAGCAUCCUAAGCUGCUCUCAGCCUAUUGCCUGUCUCCUAGCUGCACUUUGACCCCUGGCCCAACCCUAUGCGUGGACCUCAGUGUGGCCAACCCUGACUCUACCUUAGUGGUCAUCUGCCUGGGAGGUCUCCUGGGAAGUCUGGUCUUCACCAGUCGCUCCGGAAGCUACAUCAUGUCUUUGUUUGAUGAACACCUGGUCCCGCUGGUCCUUGUCAUCAUUGUGACCUUCCAGCAUGUGACCCUGGCCUGUAUCUACAGAAUCCGAAGCUUCCAUGAAGAAAUGUUCACUGAGCUGGGCCCUCUGCCGUGCUCCAUCUUUGUCUUCCUGUGGAGUUAUGUGGCCCUGCCAGGGCUGCUGGCUCUUCUCACCAUCUGCUUCGUGCGAUUCUACCAGAUGGCACCCCCCUACUACACCGCCUGGAAUGGCAGCCAGGGCCAGGAGGUGAGACAGCCCUACCUGCCAAGCAAUGUGAACUGGUUCCCUCUCCUCCUUAUCGUCGCCUUCCUACCGAUCCCGACCUUUCCACUGCUCCACUGGAAGGUCAAUGGAACCGUGGAGAACAGUUACCAGCACAAAGAGGCCACAGAAGAGAAUCAUCCCACUCUGCUGCUGGGUCUCUUUGGGGCCUGUCACCACCAGCUCUACUGUUGA